CCGUAUAAACGCCAACAUUGUUAGAUUAUCAUAGAAAACUUCAUACCGCAUACCGAAUGGACCAACUCGAACUCACACCAUCUAAUCCCGCCUGGUGCUACCCAGAAGGUGGACUCCGGGCCAACCUUGUCGUCCUGGGUAGCUUCAGCUCUAUCAUGGGUGGCUUGGGCUUGAUGAAUAGUAUAGGGAUCUAUCAGGCAUGGAUAUCCACGCAUCAACUAUCCCACCUCAGCGAGAGCCAAAUUAGCUGGAUCUUUGGAAUUUACAACUUCCUAGUUUUCUUUUGUGGUAUCCAGAUUGGCCCAGUCUUCGAUGCUAAAGGACCCCGUCUCCUCAUGCUCACGGGCUCAAUCCUACUUAUCCUCACCUUGGUCCUGGUUGGAUUCUGUCAAGAAUACUGGCACUUCCUCGUGGUACUAGGCUUCAUUGGCGGCAUUGGAACAUCAUUCAUCUUCAUCGUACCUGUUGCGACUAUCGGCCACUUCUUCAGCGAGCGCCGCGGCGGAGCAACUGGCCUGGCCAUGUCCGGUGGGAGUAUCGGCGGUGUGAUCUUUCCAUUAGUCCUGGAGAACCUGGGUCCACGCAUCGGGUUCCCCUGGGCAACUAGAGUCAUCGCGCUUAUCACACUAAUCCUCCUAAUCCCAGGAUGCAUCUUACUCAAGGCCCGCCUCCCCCCGAAGUCUUCAACAGGCACAUCCCUGCUCCCCGACCUGACCAUCCUCAAGGACCCCGCCCUCGCCCUCACCACCCUCGGCGCCUUCUUUAUCGAAUGGGGGUUCUUCAUCCCUCUCGAAUACAUCACCUCAUACUCCCUGACAUACGGUAUCUCCAGCCGUCUAUCCUACCUGAUGGUCGUAUUCCUCAACGCAGGUUCCUUUCCAGGUCGCUGGUUACCAGGCAUACUGGCGGACCGAAUCGGGCGAUUUGAAAUGUUGACCCUCACGAAUAUAUUUUGUCUCAUAGCCGUAUUAGGGGUCUGGAUGCCGGCGGAUGGAAACGUCGUAGCAACGAUUAUAUUUUCCGUGGUUUUUGGAAUCGGGUCGGGGAGUAAUAUCAGCCUGGUUCCGGUUUGUGUGGGUGAGUUAUGUCCCACCGAGCAGUAUGGGCGGUUUUAUACGACUGUCUACACUAUUGUCAGUUUAGGGGCCUUGACUGGGGUUCCUAUCGCUGGUGAGAUUAUCCAUCGUUGUAAUGGUGAAUACUGGGGACUUAUUGCGUUUGCUGGGUGUGCUUACGCUGCUGGCUUGGUAUGCUUUGCUGGUGUUUUGAUGCUAAGGAAGUCGAAGGGGAAGGGUUCUGCGUAA